CGCGCGAAACGGGUUCGAACGCAGUUGGCUUGCGACGCGAUGCCGCGAACGGAACUUCAAAGGUUGAAAUUGGCGACCGCGUACGUAGGAGGACGCGGCGUUAAACCGGCGGCGAAACGUGACGACAGGUCGACGAGUGACGAGCAAUUAAUUCCCGCGUUGGAAGUUUGGAGUGCGUGCCCGACCGUGGAAUCGCGAGAUCGCCGCUUUUAGCUGCUGCUGGGAAUUUUGACUGCGAAACCUGCUCGGAGCAUUUCCUUCUGCGACCUGGACCGUCCAAUUACCUAGCUAACGCGAAUGCUGUUCCAAAACCGGGACUUCGCAAUCACAGAAGUAUGGCGUAAGCUGUUCCUAAAGUUGUGGGGGCGAAACUCGCUGCCGGACGGGUCCGUGCUGGCCCGCACGAAGGACGGUCUCCUGCGAGGCAAGGUGGCCACGUCCAUCUGGAACAAGCCCUACUACAGCUUCCAGGGCGUCCCGUUCGCCCAGCCUCCCGUGGGGGAGCUCCGCUUCAAGUCGCCGCGGCCGAUCAAGCCUUGGAGGGGGGUGAGGAACGCCACAAAGGAUGUGUCCUACUGCUACCAGGCGGCGGUGGACUACGUGACUGUGCCGCUGUCGGAGGACUGCCUCUACUUGGACGUAUACGUGUCCACGGCCGCCAGAGUGCUCCCCGGUAGGCUUCUGCCCGUGCUGGUGUGGAUCCACGGCGGCGGGUUCAACGCCGGCUCGGGCAUCCAGGACUACUGGGGGCCGGACAACCUGGUCAACAUACCCACCGUCUUCGUCUCUUUCGAGUACAGGAAGGGCGUGCUGGGCUUCAUGAACGUGGAGCACCCCGAGGUGACCAGCAACGCCGGCAUGAAGGACCAGGUGCUGGCGCUGCGCUGGAUCCAGCGCAACAUCGCGAGCUUCGGCGGCGACCCGCGCGACGUCACCGUGUUCGGCAUCAGCGCCGGCGGCUGGAGCGUCGAGCUGCUGCUCAUGUCGCCCAUGGCGAAAGGCCUGUUCCACCGCGCCAUCUGCCAGAGCGGCUCGACGCUGAUGGCGAGGGCCGACUACAACCAGACGCGCGGGGCCUACCGCCUGGCCGAGGUCCUGGGCCACAACGCCACGGACCGCGACGACCUGGUGCGGUUCCUCCGCAGCGCCGCCCCGGAGGACCUGAUCACUGGCCAGGAGCUGGCGCGCACUGAGGCGGACGGCACCACGGUGGCGCUGUCCCAGUACCCAGUGGUCGACGCCAAGGUGCAGGAAGGUCGGGAGGUGUUCCUGCCCGACACCCCAGAAAACCUGCUGAGGGCCGGCCGUCUCCACCCGGUGCCCUACAUCAUCGGCGUGGCGUCCCAGGAGAUGAAGAUGUACGAGCAGUAUUACACGGCAGAAUCUUACGCGGACUUCAACAGCGACUUUGAGCAGUUCAUACCGGCGUACUUGAACCUGACCAAAGGCUCGCCGGAAUCCAAGAGGCUGGCGGCGAAGAUAAAGAAGUUCUACUUCGGUGACAAAGACGUCAGUUACGAAACACUCCAGGAGUUGACCGAUCUGAGGUCGGACAACUUCGUGGUGCACCCGGCCCACAGGAGUGCCAACUUCUACCUCGGCCACAUCAGGGCGCCGCUCUACAUCUACCUGUUCACCUACGACGGCACGCUGAGGAUCCAGCAGGGAAACUACAGCCUGUACGGCCCCGCCCACGCCGACGACGCCGCCUACCUGUUCUACGUGCACUACAUACCCUACCACCCCACCGCGGACGACGUGCGGGUCAUCGACCUCUUCUCGCAGAUGUGGUACGACUUCGGCUGGUCCGGGAACCCGACUCUGAGGCAGUCCCGCCAGUGGCUGCCCGCCCGCCCGGGCGACAGGGCCUACCUGCAGUUGGACGUGGAGCUGCGCAUGCGCGCGGACAUGUACAAGGAGCGCAUGGACUUCUGGGACGACGUGUACAGGACCUACGGCUUCGACUGAACCGCCUCCCGUUCUCGGACCGGCGACCUUGCAGACCUUCAAGUUCGAAAUAAAAGCACCUGGGAGGAUCCCUUGA